CGCAUUCGAAGAGGGGAGGGUCAACAUGGCGUCUGAGCAGGAGAGUUCUAAUGGGCCUGUGAAGAGGUCCAUGAGGGAGAAGGCCAUCGAACGGCGGGCCACCAACAAGGAGCACAACAGCAACUUCAAGGCAGGCUAUGUGCCCAUUGAGGAGGAGCGCCUGCACAAGACAGGCCUGAGAGGACGCAAGGGCAACAUGGCUGUCUGCAUCAUAGUCCUGCUCUUCUUGCUGGCUCUCAUCAACAUCAUUAUCACUCUAGUGAUAUGGACAGUGAUCCGCAUCGGGCCCAGUGGUUGUGACAGUAUGGAGUUCCAUGAGAGUGGGCUGCUGCGCUUCAAGCAGAAGGCAGACAUGGGUGUGGUCCACCCACUACACAAGAGCACUGUGGGGGGCAGGAAGGACCAGGACCUGGUUAUCACCGGCAACAACAACCCGGUGGUGUUCCAGCAGGGCUCCACUAAGCUCAGUGUUGAGAAAGAGAAGACGUCCAUCACCAGUGACAUGGGCAUAUCCUUCACUGACCCCCGCACUCAGAACACAUUCUUCAGCACUGACUUUGAAAACCACGAGUUCCACCUGCCCAAAGGAGUCAAAGUACUCAGUGUGAAGAAAGCCUCCACAGAAAGGAUCACCAGCAACGCUUCCUCUGACUUGUCCAUCAAAGGGGACAGCAAGGCCAUCAUCCGCGGCAAUGAGGGGGUCUUCAUCAUGGGCAAGACCGUGGAGUUCAGGAUGGGAGGGGACAUCGAGCUCAGAGCUGAGAACAGUAUUGUUCUGAAUGGGUCGGUGAUGGUGAGCGUCACUCGCAUGCCUAACUCCUCAGUGGGAGCCAACGUGUAUUUCGACGAAGGUCUGUUGAGGUACAAGCUGUGUAUGUGUGCAGACGGCACUCUGUUCCGUGUCCAGGUGAAGUAUCAGAACAUGGGCUGCCAGACCUCAGACAACCCCUGUGGAACGGCCCACUAAAGGGACUGGAACACAAACUGAGGUUACACCAUCCAUCCUGUCCUACAAUCAAUAGAUGGUCAAGUAUGGCCAACCAGUGUUGAAAUACCCUAGAACUACAGUUGAAGUCGGAAGUUUACAUACACCUUAGCCAAAUACAUUUAAACUCUGACAUUUAAUCCUAGUAAA